GGCGGCGCGCGCGCUGGCGGCCGGGGGCGGGGCGGCGCGUGGGCCCCUCUGCUCGGCUCCCGCGCCGGCGGGGUCAGGCGGCGGCGGCGGCGGCCGGGCCGGGCCGGGAUGGAGCGAGGCGCGGCGGCGCUGAUCCGUGAGGGCUGGUUCCGCGAAACGUGCCGGCUGUGGCCGGGGCAGGCCAUGUCGCUGCAGGUGGAGGAGCUCCUGCACCACCAGCGCUCCCGCUACCAGGAGAUACUCGUCUUCCGCAGCACCACCUACGGCAACGUCCUGGUCCUGGACGGGGUGAUCCAGUGCACGGAGCGGGACGAGUUCUCCUACCAGGAAAUGAUCGCCAACCUGCCCCUCUGCAGCCACCCCGACCCCCGCAAGGUGCUGAUCAUCGGUGGCGGCGACGGGGGAGUGCUGCGAGAGGUGGUGAAACACCCAACCGUGGAGUCCGUGGUGCAGUGCGAAAUCGAUGAGGAUGUGAUCCAGGUAUCUAAGAAAUACCUCCCAGGGAUGGCAGUGGGAUAUUCCAGCGCUAAGCUGACCUUGCAUGUGGGAGAUGGUUUCGAGUUCAUGAAACAAAAUCAAGAAGCCUUUGAUGUGAUUAUCACGGACUCGUCUGACCCCAUGGGUCCUGCAGAAAGCUUAUUCAAAGAAUCUUACUACCAGCUGAUGAAGACAGCCCUGCGAGAAGAUGGGAUUCUUUGCUGCCAAGGUGAGUGCCAGUGGCUGCACCUGGAUCUCAUUAAGGAGAUGCGUCAGUUCUGCAAGUCUCUGUUCCCUGUUGUGGAAUACGCCUAUUGCACCAUCCCCACAUAUCCCAGCGGGCAGAUUGGCUUCAUGCUCUGCAGCAAGAACCCAAACACAAAUUUCCGGGAGCCUGUACAGCAGCUCUCACAGCAACAAGUAGAGGAGAGGAGUCUGAAAUACUACAACUCUGACAUUCAUCGGGCAGCUUUCAUUCUGCCAGAGUUUGCACGGAAGGCCCUGAGCGAUGUGUGAGACUGAGAAGCUGCUUCCUUCCUUCAAGUUGGACCCUGAGAUCGCCAGUGAUGUGGCUGGGACCUUCCCAGCAGACUGCAGAUUUGCUCUCCACUGUGUGGGAUUGUUUAACCCUUUGCCAGCCAACAUUCCCUUUGAUGAUGUGUUAAAGAUGAUGGGGCAUAAGCCAGAUAAGACUAUUGAAAAGGUCCAGUGACUUAUUGCGUGAGGUCAAAACUGUUCUUUCCAGUGCUGGAAACGUAAGAUGUCUUUUUCCUUUCUCUCCUCCCUGCACCCAUUCUAAAUUCUCCCCUCCCUGUGUCCCCCCUCCUACCUCCACCCCCUGCAACUGACAUGAUGUAUUUAUAACUGACAUGUAUUUCUGUCUGGUGAUCUUCUGAAACCUGGGAAGAGUCCAGAAGGGUCACUGACUCGGCCUUAAGCACAGAGAGCGAGAGCUUUGUGCGCAAAGUUAGCUUGCUCUCUCCUCAUAGGAGCUCCCUGCUGCUGAGACGUUUUGACUGGUAAUGGGUCUGAGCCUUCACGUCCCACUGCCCUUCUGCGACACCUGCACUGUUCUGCAGCACAGUUGGAGAAGUCACAGUGCAAACUGUUGCCAUUCACAAUAGGUCUCCCUCCAACCCUGAUGGAGUAGCAGUAUUAAACACCAGCCAGGCAGGCUGGCAGCAGUCUUGUGGCUUUUUUUUUUUUUUUUUUUUUUUUUUUUUUUUAAAUUGGUUGGACACAGAAGUGCUGAGGUACUGACAGGCUGACUCCUGUUCUUACCUCUGCUGUCAGAGUGGUUCCAAAGAAUGUUUAUCAAUAUGGUGAUAGGCGCUUUAUAUAUAUAAAUAUAAAUAUAUAUAUAUAUAUAUAAAAAACAAACCUUACAUCCAUUGCCUGCUGUUAAGUACUGAUGCUGGGGAGUCAGUUGUGCUGACAAAUUUCUCAUCUCAAUCAUGCUGAGAUGCCUCAGGCCUGGGUAUUUGCUAGUCCUUAGGAGGCAUCAUUAUUUCUAAUGCUGCCCCCAGAAUCCCCAGAUGCAUAAGUUGUUUUUCGCUGUACUCUGUUGUGAGAUGGAUCUGCCUCCACUUCACUUUUGUUUUAAAGACUCCGUACCACCGCUGUGCAGUGGGUAUCUUCCCAGCACAACCACUGUACAGUUGUCACUCCCUUGCAAUCAAUUAAACACUUGGCUCUGGUUAAGGUGA